AUGGCGAUCCGAUCUGUUCGACUUCUACUGCUAACCGUCGCGCUAGUCUCGCUAGCGUCAACGGCGGCGGCGGCGUACAACGCGGUGGCGGGCUUGAAAGCGAUUGAAACCGCGCUGAAGAAUAAAAACUACCAGUCCGCCGUCACGCUCAUGAAGACAAGCAAUUUCAACGCCACGCUCGUCACAAUUCUGCCCAAGUACAAGGUGACGCUUCUGGUGGGGCAGACCAAGGCGUUCGGCAAGCUAAGCAACUGGGCGUCGAUCAAAAAGAAUGCGAAGACGGGAUUCCAGAUCGCCGCGUUCAACAUGCUCGGCGACCUCCACACGAAGAAAUCCAUGCUGGGUUACGCUGUGGGCAAAACGUUCGGUACGGGUGACUACAAUUACCUCCAAACGAAGCUCAAAUCUGCUGGCAAAAAAAUCAUGCUCGGAACCUCCACCAGCAACGGGUCGAUCGUUGAUUGGACACUCUACAUGGAUGCGCAAGUGAUCAUCCACGGUGUAGACACCGUUAUCAUGCCGCCCAAGUUCAAGUAG